AUGAAUUCACCCCCAACAAAACUUUCUUUAGAACAAUUAAAUAAUCAUUACAUUCUUUUCAGACAUGGACAAUCGAAAGCUAAUAGUGCUAAAAUCGUAGUAUCACAUCCGGAAAAUGGGAUUCCCUCUUCGGGAGUAGGACCUCCGUCUCCCGCCUCCUCCUCGAGUGAAGGCAAUGGAUGGGGAUUAACGCAGCUAGGUAAGGAACAAGUUAAAAGUGCAUCACAAAAUAUGUUGAAUUAUCUUUACAACAAUUUCCCAUCAGGAUACCACCUAAAUGAUCAACAAAAGAAAAGAGAUGAUGAUAGGAACAAUGAAGAGUUCAACAAUCCAUCACAAAAUCAGUUUUCUUUGUCUAAAAGAAUUCACAUUAAAAUCUAUUCUUCUCCAUUCCUUCGUACCAUUGAAACCGCGAAUAUCCUGCUCACGGAAUUAUUGAAUAAUGGAAGAGACGAACCUUACGUAGAUGUCACGGUUCAUCCAGAGGUCAUUGUACAUGAUGAUUUAAGAGAACGAAAUUUUGGUAUAUUUGAGUUAAGAUCAGAUCAUGAGUCUUAUUCUAAAGUGUGGGCAAUUGAUGAGUCCAUCACCACGCCAUCAAACAAUGAAUACAAAGAAAUUGGCGUUGAAUCUUGUGAACAAGUCAGAUCACGUAUGUGCGACGUGAUUCGCGAGAUUGAACAACAUUCCGAACUUUUAAAAGAACAUUUGGUGGUGGUGUUUGUUAGUCAUGGAGAUUCGUUGCAAAUUCUGCAAACGGCUUUUGAAAACGUUGAAGCCAAUCUACAUAGAUCAUUAAAUCACAUUGGUACCGCGGAAUGGAAAGUUUUCUGGUCAUAA